GUGCGCGCGUUGGGCCGCUGCAGCCGGGCUGCUGUCACCGCGGACCGCACCUCGCUGGCGGGUGGGCGGCAGCGGUGUCUUUGUCCGGCGAGGCGUCCUCAGCCCCGACCAUCCUUUCGAUCGGAGCCGGGCGGCUUGGGCGGUGCCCAGCGGUGAAGUGCGCGGGCGGAGGGCUGGCUGUGGCCACGGCCCCAGGUACCCCGGUGCCCCAAGCUUGCCACCUGCGCCACCUCUGCCCACGCUCUGUCAAGUUGCAGAAGACCCGGGUGGGUCAGGAGUCUGGACGCGUGGGCGCUGCAAACUCCAGCUGCGAAGGAGCUGCUUGCGGAGGUAGCGCGGCCCGGGAUGCUCCCGGAGACUGCCCUGGCCUCUCUGUACAUCCUUCUUGGCUCCUCCAGACCCAGGUGUCCGCAGCUUGAUUGUCUGCUAGACUAGAUUGUCACCAGUGACCCAGAAGCUUGUUUGAGGGAUCAAGGUCUCAUGGACUGACCAAUUUUCACUGAGCAGCAAUGGAGCAUAGUGAGUUGUUUUGCUACGUGUCAAGACAAUUGUUGCUUCCAAAGCUUGUCUGAAGAGGUUCAAAGUGGUGUCUAGAUGUGACAUUGUCGGAAGAGGACGGGUAACGCGAGGGCUGCCUGUUGCCCUGAAGCCUGACGGGGGACUGCAUGGCUAGGCGCCCUCACUGAAGAGGUGACCAUGAGUAUCCCACUGGCUCCAAAGAAAUCCUGUUUCAGUCAGUUGAGAGAUCACCAAGAGCGGGCAAAAAAUAAUAAUGGGAGCACCCUAAGCAUGGGCGAUCCAAAUGCCAAUCAAAUCAUGUUGGAGGUGGGCUCCUCGCACGAUGAGCCUGGGACGCGUGAUCUCGAUGCUGAGAUUGGAAAUGCAAAUUUAAGCAGAACACAAUGCCACAGCCACUCCCAGAAGGAGCCCUCUCUACUGCAGGGCUUUGGGUUAGGGUCUCAGGCUGGCUCCACCAGCCAGAGGGAUUUCCAGCCUUCUCUGGCUGUUCACAGACUACUGGAUGAAGAACACGCAGGGAAAAGAGGUAUCCUACAGACCCCCCAGAGUGUCCAGGGACCAAGUCUAUCCUCCCGGAGGAAUGCAGUGGGACAAGCCAGUCCAGAGGUUUCAACUAAAAGGGAUGCUGAAAUCCCCCGGCCCACUCCCAAGGACAAAUUGGCAAAGACCCUUGACAAUGAAGAACUGAAAAGAGCCGGCGGCCCAGGAGCUGCAGCUGGCAGUCUCAUUCGGGAGAUUCAGCAGCCCAGAGGGCUGGAUACCUCAGAGCCACAGGGCCACAUGCCUGGACGUGGGGAGGGGCCACAGGGGACAUCAGCUGGUCACUCUCCAGGGACAGUUUUUUCUCUUGGUGAGGGUACCUCAGAUGGGAAAUACAUGCGUCCUCCUAAACCAUCUACCUCAGAAGCCAGGGGGUCCAUCCCAUCAGAUGCCAAGGUGGAGGGGACACGUGGCCUAGACGGUUACAACGAGUGUAUAGCUUGCCCAGAAUGGACUCCCAGUUCAGGUUCAGCCCUGAAGGAAAUUUCCAGCCUCAGUUAUCCAGAAGUGCAUGUAGGUCAGGGAGCAGGGGAGCCCCAAGUGGAACUCAAAUAUAUCCAACCCAGGAAGGAGCAGGGACUAAAGUCAGCCCAGGCACAGGGCCUGGGAUGUCAUGAGGAAAAAAGUGUGUCACCCAUGGAGAGGAAGGAGCUACGUGAGAAAGCACAAGAAGCCACGAGUCAACUGGACAGCAGCCACCAUCAGCCGGGAGUGGGAGAAAGCAGCGGCCUGGAAGAAAUGAUGACAGUCAGAACUGGUGUGGAGGGGUCUCAGCAAGCCACCCCUGUGCAGAGUGCUGUUUCUUCUGGAGACAGAGCUACUAGAUUCAGCGGUAAAACGUCGCCAGGCGAAGGUGGAAGGGUGAGGCAAACAUCCAGCGACCUUGUACAGGGGGACGGCCACCUAGCUUCUGUUCCCCAUGAUCCGACUAAAAGCCUGCCCUCCGAGGUCAGUAGGGAGGAGAGGAGGCAGAGUAGCAGUACUGGGGGCAGUGUCAAGGCACUGGACUCGGGUCCUUCUGCAGGAGGGAGCAGAGCCGAGGCCUCCUCUGAGCUCUUGGGCCCUCGCACUGGCACCUUGGAAGCCAGGGAGAGCAGAGAGACAAUACCUGUAACUGAAAAUAGGAGCCUUCUAGAAAAUGCAGCCCAAACCGAAGUCGCUCCAUCUGGAGGAGAUUUGGUUUUCAGGACCCCAGCUCCCCUCCACCCAGAGACAACUGUGAACUUGCCUCACUACUCCACUCCCCCAGGGAGCAGUUCUCAGGUCAGUGUGGACACGGGGUCACCCUCGGUGGCCUUGCCACCCACUGAUGGUGGGCAGGUGUUAAACACAUCCCUGAAAGUGCCUGACAAGAGCAUCUGCCCCAGUGGGAUCCCCAAGCCUCUUACACUUCCUAAGGACACACCUUCCUCUCAGGAAGCAACCGAGAAACUGGAGAUAGAGAAAGCAGAAGAAAGGAUGGAGACAAAGCCCGUCAUUAUGCCGAAGCCCAAACAUGUGAGGCCCAAGAUCAUCACUUACAUCCGUAGGAACCCCCAGGCCCUGGGUCAGGGGGAUGCCUCACUGGUCCCCGUGGGGCUUCCGUACGCCCCUCCUGCGUGUGGCAUGCCUCUUCCGCAAGAGGAGAAGACAGCUAACCGUGACCUCCAGCCAUCUGCCAACAUGUAUGAGAAAUUCAAGCCUGACCUGCAGAAGCCGAGGGUCUUUCCCUCUGGACUGAUGGUGUCUGGGAUCAAGCCCCCAGGGCAUCAUUUCAGUCAGAUGAGCGAAAAGUUUCUGCAGGAGGUCACAGACCACCCUGGGAAAGAAGACUUUUGCUCUCCUCCCUACACCCAUUAUGAGGUCCCUCCCACUUUCUACCGCUCGGCCAUGCUCCUUAAGCCCCAGUUGGGACUGGGUGCAAUGUCCCGCCUCCCAUCUACCAAAAGCAGGAUCCUGAUCGCAAGCCAGAGGUCUUCCACUAGUGCCAUUCAUCCACCCGGACCAAUAACAACAGCUGCUGGUUUCUAUGGUUCUGAUCCUUCAGAUCUCAAGAAAGCCUCCAGUUCAAAUGCUGCAAAAUCCAGUCUACCAAAAUCUGGGCUUCGUCCUCCUGGGUACUCACGUCUCCCAGCAGCCAAGCUGGCGGCCUUUGGCUUCGUGAGGAGUUCCAGUGUCUCUGCGGUGCCCAGCACCCAAUCCCUGGACAGUGUGCAGCUGGAGCAGAGUCGGCCAGUCACCCGCUCCACCUUUGGGACUGAAGAGCAGCCACCUCUGAAGCCAACUCUGCCUUCUAAGGACACACCCAAGGGAGCCAGCCGGGCAGCCCCUGCAUCUACCUCCAAUGCAACAACACCACGCAGAAGUUUACUUCCGGCACCAAAAUCCACCUCCACGCCUGCUGGAACGAAGAAAGAAUCACAGAAAGAAACAGAAGCUAACAAACCUGCCGUGUCGUCUCCCAAGAGAACAGCGUCAUCUUCCAGCAAGGUUCACUCACCAGGGCACCCAAAGCAGAGGACCACUGCUCCUCGGAAUGGGUUUGCACCCAAGCCUGACCUGCAGGCCCGAGAGGCAGAGCGGCAGCUGGCCCAGCGACUGAGGGACAGGUGUGAGUGGCAGGCCAGGCAGCUGGGCCUGGCUCGCGGGGAGCUGAAGAGGGCCAUCCGUGGCUUCGACGCCCUGGCUGUCUCCACGCAACACUUCUUCAGAAAGAGCGAAAGUGUGCUUGCGAAGGAAAAGGAGCUGACAGUUGAGCUUGCGAGCAUCAGGGAUGAAGUCGCCUUCAACACCGCCAAGUGUGAGAAGCUGCAGAAGGAGAAGGAGGCGCUGGAGAGGCGGUUCGAGGAGGAGCUGAGAAGGCUGGGCUGGCAGCAGCAGGCCGAGGUGCAGGAGCUUCGGGAGCGGCUUCAGCAGCAGUUCCAGGCCGAGAGCGCACGCCUGCGGGCGGAACAUCAGGACCAGCUGCUGCGCAUGCGCUGCCAGCACCAAGAGCAGGUGGAAGACAUCACUGCCAGCCACGAGGCUGCUCUGCUGGAGAUGGAAAACAACCACACGGUUGCCAUCACGAUCCUGCAGGAUGACCAUGACCACAAAGUUCAAGAACUGAUAUCUGCCCAUGAAUUUGAGAAGAAGGAACUGGAAGAAAACUUUGAAAAACUGCGUCUGUCAUUACAGGACCAGGUGGACAUGCUGACUUUUCAGAGCCAGUCUCUGCGGGACAGAGCCCAGCGCUUUGAGGAAGCCCUACGGAAAACCACAGAAGAGCAGCUGGAGAUUGCAUUGGCUCCCUAUCAGCACCUGGAAGAAGACAUGCAGAGCCUGAAGCAGGUGUUGGAGAUGAAGAACCAGCAAAUCCACCUGCAGGAGAAGAAAAUUAUAGAGUUGGAGAAGCUGGUGGAGAAGAACAUCAUCCUGGAGGAAAAGAUCCAAGUUCUUCAGCAGCAGAACGAGGAUCUCAAAGCAAGGAUUGACCAGAACACGGUUGUUACCAGACAACUGUCGGAGGAGAAUGCUAACCUCCAGGAAUAUGUGGAGAAAGAGACCCAGGAAAAGAAGAGACUGAGCCGAACCAAUGAAGAACUACUUUGGAAGCUCCAAACUGGGGACCCCACCAGCCCAAUUAAAUUGUCCCCGACGUCCCCAGUGUAUAGAGGCUCCUCCUCUGGACCGUCCUCUCCAGCCAGAGUUGGCACCACACCUAGAUGACAUCGUUCUGCCACCUCCAGGAGCUCAGGCUUCUGUCCGUCUGAGGGAGUGCUGGCCAGGUGCUGGCGGCCAUCCUGUGCGCAUGCUCAGUAGCUGCAUGUGCGUCUUAGGCAGCGUCCUCUCUGACCCCCGUGUGAGACCGUCCUGGUAUUGAGGCUUAGAAAGGUGUAAGCAGCAGAGUCUGGUGUCCCAAAAUGUAUUAGUGUAGUUAGAGGCAAAAGAGAAACAACUCCAAUUGUUCUUGACCGAUGAGCUUUCACAGCGGACGUUUAGGUCAGUUACAAACAGCUCCGUUUGGAAUGCACAAACCCUCCUCGUACGACCGCGUGGGUAUAUUCAGACACGUGGGUAUACACACGUGGAGAUUCUGAAUUGCGUUUUUUAUAACAUGAUGGGCUGACAUAUUUUAGUGACGGUCAGCAGUUUUCUAAGUUGUGCCUAAGAAUUAUUGGGAAAUGAAAAUGCAUUUCUAUGUAGUUUCCUGGAAAUAUUUCUACCCAAAAUAGAAGGAGAAAAAAAGAAAAAAAAAAGAAAUAGAAGCAUUUCUGUCUGCCACCGAGUGGUACCCUGCUUAACACAAACACCAGCGAUUUGUAGAUGGUAACUACCUUUGGAGCAAUUAGCUUCUUAGUCUAUUAAGGUGGGGUCCCUGCUACCCCAUUGCAGGAUUUAGUUGUGACUCCGCCCACCCUGAGAGGAUAAAACAAAAGUAGCGGGGCGGGUGGGGACACCAAGGGGUUUGGCCGAUGUUUUUCCCAUUAGUGAUUCAUGAUAGUUUUGGAAACACCAGUUUAGCUUCCUCUCCACCCCCCACCUAAAUAGCAUCUCCGAGUCCAUCAUUAAGCUAUUACUGAAUCCUCAGGAAGAUACGGAGGAGUGUGACCUUUGUAAUAAGGGUGAGCAUGAACUUGGAGGAAAGCAAUACCCUGCAUGGUCCAUCCUCAUGAAGGAAGAAUGCUGAUAGGGACCACAUUCGACCAGGCGCGGAAUAAGGACGCGGGCUCCUGUCAUUGGCUUUCAUAGGCAGCACUCCCCCUCCCACCUCCAUUUUCAGUUUGGUUCUUUGACUCAACCCCAUCACCACCACACAUCAAGAUGGCUCAGGGGUUCUAGUCAGGGCUUCCAGAAACCAACCUUUCUGUCUGGGGGUGGGGGGGAGGGGCCCGGUUCUAAAGGUGCUAGAUCAUGUUCUUUCUGAUGGAGGAUCACCAGGGCUGCCCCUGGCUGUGGUCCCAUCUUAGCCCCGGAAGGCUCUCCCAAAUAAGGGAGGCCGGUGUCACAGCCAGCCAGCGGCCAGUGGCCAGCAGCCGCUGGACUGGUCUUUGUCUCUAAGAUGGUAGAAUUAGAACAUGAAAGGUAUUCAUGUAGUGCUAUGGACGAUUAGAAGCAUGACCCACAGAAGAGACGUAGUUUAUCAGUCAGCACAGUGGUGAUAAUGAUACCUUUGUUUCCUGUAUGUGACAAAGACCCUUCACUUCCUAAGCAUGGGCCUGUCUUUGAGCAUGUCCAAGAUGAGAAGAGCCACUGAGCCAGGAAGAAAGAGCCUGGGGACGGUGUCAGCUUGUCCAAGGACACACAUAGCCAACACAGAGGCAGAUGUGGUCUACAUCCCUCCUGCGGCUCGUUCAUGUGACUGUAGUCAACCUCCAUGGGCCUUGCCCAUUCUGGAGACAUCUACAGUAGAGACACACUGAAGACACAGGUCCUUUGCCGUUGGCUCUGCAUGAUACUGGGAUACUGAGUUGGGCAUCCCAUAAGAGUAGCUCAUGCCAUGUCAAUUCAACACACAGUUCUUUAUUCUUUUAGGAGGCCCAACCUGCAGAUAUAAGUUUGGUGGCUGCUUAGCUCUCCGAAUCAGGACCUGCCUCCACAGCCGCACCUGCGGAUGGCGGGUCCUCAGCAAUACAGACUUUGAUGUGAGUAUAGAAUGUGGUACAGUAUGUUAGACUGUUGUGGUCAAAGUGGUAGCAAUGUUAGAGCUAUAUACCCUCACUAGGUGGACUAGAGCUUUGCCCUAAUCAGCCUUGACCUUGGGCACUUGAACCAAUUUCCCCAUGGCCCUGGCUUUGUUUCUCCAUCACAGACACCUCUCACGUAUGGUGCCACACUUGAACUGAGUCCUGAGAUUCAGGCGGCCCGAGCUGCUGUGCCUCUUCCACCAUCCUUCUGUCUCCAUGCUGCUGUGAUCUAGACCUCUCAAGCGUGGGAAUCGGUGUCUGGCCUCAUCCCCAGGCUGGGACACAGCGUCCUCCCCUCCUGCCACAGACAGACCUACCAAACAGUGCUAGGCUCUUGAUGGAGCCAGGAGGUCCUGCUGACCUGCUUCCACUCCCUCUCCAUGGGCUGGGACCAGGUUCUGGUGAUGUCAGGAUGGGUCUGGGGCUUGGGGGUCUGAUACUCUGGGAUUAGUUGAAGGGGCACAAUGUUCUUUUUCCUGCCCCUCCAGUUUCUGUGUUCCAUAUUUGUGUUGAACUUUAAAGCUUAUUAAAACGGAUCUGAGGAAUUUU